CAGCUAGACGCUCAAGUUUCUAUUGCUCAAAUUUCACAGAUCCGUCCUACCAAUGCCCGCGCUCCACUCGUGGCUUCACUGCUGCAGAAUGGGGUGCGGUGCUUCAGUGCGCCCCGCGAAAACAAUAAAACGUCCAUCCUGUUGCAGGUGGAGGACGGCCCGGGCGCAUUGCAGGAGACGCUUAAGUUCUUCUGGAAGCACGACGUCAACAUGACACGCAUCGAGUCGCGUCCCGCCAAGGGCCACAACAUGAACUACAGCUUCUUCAUCGACUUCGAGGGAAAGAGCGGUCAAAACAAGGUGGAUGAUCUCAUGACCGACCUCGAGAAGAAUUGCCUUGAUGUUAUGGUGCUCAACGACAAGAAGGUACCGUGGUUCCCGCGUAAGAUAAACGAGCUGGACCGCUCGGUGGCCAACAUCCUGGACGCUGGAACCGACCUGGAGUCGGACCACCCGGGCUUCAGUGACCAAGAGUACCGUAGACGUCGCAACAUGUUCGCAGAGAUCGCUCAGAACUACCGUCAAGGAGACCCCAUUCCUCGUCUCGACUACACGCAAGAUGAGAUCAAUACAUGGGGAGUCAUCUAUAAGCGCAUGAAGGAAAUGUGGAAGCAACAUGCAUGCGAUGAGUUCAACUACAUUAUCCCGCUUCUCGAGAGCAACUGCGGCUACGCCGAGGACAACAUCCCGCAACAAGAGGACAUUUCCAACUUCCUCAAGGAGUGCACUGGCUUCACUCUUCGCCCGGUCGGUGGCCUACUUUCGUCUCGUGAUUUCCUGAAUGGACUUGCGUUCCGUGUGUUCUUCUCGACGCAGUACAUUCGCCACCACUCGAUGCCGCUGUACACACCGGAGCCGGACAUUUGCCACGAGCUGAUGGGUCACGCCCCAAUGUUUGCUGACCCCGACUUUGCGGACUUCUCCCACGAAGUUGGGCUUGCCUCCCUUGGGGCAUCAGAUGAAGAAAUCGAGCGUCUUGCCACGUGCUACUGGUUCUCUGUGGAGUUCGGAAUCACAAAGCAGCGUGGAGAAUACAAGGCCUACGGAGCUGGACUGCUGUCAAGCUUCGGCGAGAUGGAGUACGCCUGCGCAGCAGACCGUCCUGCGGGCAGUGACAUGCCCGAGUACCGGCCUUGGGACCCGUUCUCGGCCUGUAAGCAGAAAUACCCCAUCACAACCUACCAACCCGUUUAUUAUGUCGCUGACAGCUUGUUCGACGCGAAGGAGAAGAUGCGUGGGUUCUGCGAAGAUUUAAAGAAGCCGUUCCAGGCUCGUUACGACCCGUACUCUCAGACGAUAUCGAUCGACCGUGCUGUUCAACGCCAGGAACUCUAAUUGCAAUUUUUCAAUCUAUUG